AUAAGCACCCAAGUCCAAGCCCUUCUUCUCCAUCAAAAACUCGGUUUUGAUUUAACAAACAAAAGAAGAAUCAGUAAUUGGCAAAUAGUCGAAGCCCUUCUACUCCAUUAAAAAUUGGUUUUGAACUAGCAAAGAGAAGAAUUAGCAAUUAUGCCAUGUUCUGUAGCGGCAGCAUCGAGCUCUCCCAUGUUUUACCCGUCCUCAAAAAAAUUAUCGCCGAUUUUAUGCAAGCCCGCCUCCUCACCUCCUCCACUAUCUCUUUCGCCGUUGCCUUUAGCUAUCAAAAAAUCAUUCAACAAUAAAGAUGAAGAUGGAGGAGAAGAUGGGUUAUCAAAGGUGAUGGUUUUAAAGCGGAAACGGCCGGCGAGGAUUGACAUUCCGGUACUGAACAUGGGUUUUGAUGAUAUAAAGAUGAAUGAGGAUAAGGAUGAUAAAUUGAGCGAGAUGGAGGUGGAAGGGGAAGGGUAUUCGAUGUACUGUAAGAGAGGGAAAAGAGGUGGUGUUAUGGAGGAUCGAUAUUCUUCUAUUCUGGAUCUUCGAGGGGAUUCUAAACAGGCUUUCUUUGGUGUAUAUGAUGGACACGGAGGAGCAGGAGCUGCAGAAUUUGUGUCGAAGAAUUUAUACAGGAACGUUAUGAACAAAGUGGCGUCGAGAACCCAAGGAGGGAUUGAAGAGGCGGUGAAAGACGGAUACCUCACCACCGAUGUAGAGUUUUUGAAGGAAAAUAUCCGAGGCGGGACAUGCUGCGUGACAGCAUUGGUACACGAAGGGAAUCUCGUUGUCUCCAAUGCUGGAGAUUGUCGUGCUGUUAUGAGCCGACAAGGAGUUGCAAAGGCCCUUACCAUCGAUCACCGACCUUCGCAAAAAGAUGAAAGAAAUAGAAUAGAGAAUCUGGGUGGUUAUGUAGAUUGUUGCCACGGUGUUUGGAGAGUACAUGGAUCUCUUGCCGUUUCAAGAGCAAUUGGAGAUAGCCAUCUUAAAGAAUGGGUAAUAGCUGAGCCAACGACUGAAGUAUUCAGAAUUACACAAGAGUGCGAGUUCUUGAUCCUCGCCUCAGACGGACUUUGGGAUAAGGUUAGCAAUCAGGAAGCAGUAGACGUAGUUCAUCCUUUAUGCUUGGGCAUUGACAAGCCAGAACCAUUUUCUGCUUGCAAAAAGCUCGUGGAUUUGUCACAGUCGAGAGGUUCUUCUGAUGAUGUUAGCGUAAUGGUGAUCCUUCUAAGUCACUUCAUUCAGUGAUAUUAGUAUAUGGCACCUGCAAGUGUACAUUUUGGAAAGUUGCAGAGCCUUAGGAAUAAUCAGGACACGGAGAGGGACAUUGAUCAACUUAAAACUAUCUAUGAGAGUAAUACUUUUAUGCAUUCUGUUUGCCAUUACAAGUAAAGCGUAGGAAAUCUCACCAGUAGCAAGAAAAGGGUGACGAAAAAUUUUGGUGUUCUGUAAAUGUUAUCGUAAGGACAGAUGAUGUUCUUAACUGUUAAUCAAUAAAGGAGGAUUUCAAUAUUUAUAAGAGUUUAUGCCUUGUUCAA